AGCUAACUGCUUGGUGGCGGUGCUCUAAAAGCAACUUUGGCUAUAUAUACCAGUCUUUGUACAUGGUUUAAACUUAAUUGAGUAUACACUUUCAACUCCAACGGUUCGUUAGAAUAUACGGUUUGGUAGUUUAUCGGUUACGAUCAUUUCUUUAGCUGCCUUUGCUUUUUCACAAACCAUUGAGAUACAAAAUGAAAGCGUCUUUGGUUAUUUUUGUGGCAUUAUUUCUAUACGGUGCUGCUCAAGAUGCAAAAAACUCUAGUCUAAACAACGGUGAUAGUGAAUUAAAAAUUUACAAACGUCUAAUACCAGCUGAUGUGUUGCGAG